UUCAUUAUGAAUAGCAGCGGCCAUAAAACGGUGUGUGUUUUCUCAUUAAGCCCAGAUGGCGCAUUGUUGGCUCCAACGGAGACUGUCCUUUGGCUUCUUCGACUAAGGGUAAGAGGCGCUGAAUUCUUGUCGUGCUGCUGUAAUGGAAUGUCUCCUUCGACGACGACAACAAGGAACCAUCUUCGGGAUGGGAGUGUGUUUGUGCAACCGCACCCGCCGCGGGUUCAAAGAAAGGAUACUUUGCACAAGAAGCACAUUCCAAACAGACAGACAGACAGACAAUCAUUGUCACGAAAACCCAGCAGCUGAGAAACCAAGCAGCGGUGACACAACAC